AUGGCCAUGCCGGGGGAGGCGGUGACGCUGCAGCUGGGGCACUACGCGGGCUGCGUGGGGGCCCACUGGUGGGGGCUGCAGGAGGAUGCUUCCCCGGACGGGAAGGGAAGUACCAGUUCUGCGGUUCAAGGUGCCUCUCCUACCCCUUCACCACCCGCUGUUUCCCAGGAGGUUCCGUCGGGCGGCAGCGUGCGGAGCUGGUCCGACUACCUCCAUGUGCGCCUGCACCCCAAGAGCCUCUAUGUCAUCCCUCAGUACAUGCACGAUGGGGACUGUGGUUGUCUAGAAGCCUUUGGACAAGGUGAAAGUCUCCUGCAGGAUCCUGGCUGUGUAGAGGAGUUGGAAGAUCGGUUGCACUUUUAUGUUGAAGAGUGUGAUUACCUGCAGGGGUUUCAAGUCCUCUGUGACCUGCACAAUGGGUUCUCAGGAGUUGGUGCCAAGGUGACGGAGCUGCUCUGUGAUGAGUAUUCAGGAAAAGGAAUCCUGACCUGGGGCUUGACUCCAGUCUCCAGUAAUGUGGAAGAUUCUCAGAAGAAUGUUUACAGAGUGAUGAACACAGCCCUGGGGAUUGUCCGUCUCUCCAGUCACAGCUCACUCUUCUGUCCCCUGUCGCUCCGUGGGAGUCUGGGUGUGAAGUUGCAGCCCCCCGUGACGUUUCCCUACAUAGACUAUGACCCAUCACUCAACUACCACAGCAGCGCUGUUUUGGCGGCAGCGCUUGACACCGUCACGGCUCCGUACCGGCUCUGCGCGUCCCAGGGCUCCAUGAUGCACUUGGCUGAAACGCUCACCUUCUCUGGGAGGAAGGUUGUGGCUGCCUGGGCUUCGCUUCCUUUCCCCGCCCGGCGCGGCUGCUUGCUGCCCGAGGCUCUGUGCGCCCACCCGCACGUCCCGUGGACACUCCUGUCGCCCUGCGGGGAGCGGGGGACGGGCGGCUGCUUCGCUCAGUCUGUUGUACUGCGAGGAAUCGGCAAAGAAAGUCCCAUCAGCAGCUCUCCAGGAAAACCGCCUAGUUCAGCCCUCCAUGCCUGCCCAAGCAGUGAGGAGGCUCUGCAGAUGUACUUGAACGCACUCUUUCCUGGGAUAUUCAGCACAUCCCAUGUACUUGGGCAGCCAUGUCCUACCCAACCUCCGUACCCCCAGUUUUUUUCUCCUCUUCUGACUACACAAGGCUUUCUCCUGGAUGAACCUCCCCAUUAUUCCUCAGCAGCUGUGGAGAGCAUCCCCGUGCUGGCAGCCCUGCAGGCAGCCCCGGUCCUGCGUGCGCUGCUCUAUGGCUUGUACAAGGAUCUGCAGAAGCUGAACACACGGCGCUGGGGCAGCUUCUUCUCUGCUGGAGUUGAGGAGGAUGAGUUCCACGAGGCCCUGGAGGAGCUGAGAACUCUGUCCCAGUGCUAUGAAACAGGGGCUGAAGUAGAUGAAUCUGAAGAUGACGCAGAGUCAGACUAACUCAUCUUUAUUAGAGAGAGCGGAAGUAAGAAUAGCUUUAUUCUGAGAGGGAUCUUAAAGCCGCUCCCUUUAACAGUGGCCCAACCUGCCUUCUCACUGCAGCAAAAUCCUGUGAAAAAAGCUGGCUGAAAUUGUCCAGCUACCCUACAACUGCAAGUAAAGG